UGACUAUGACAAGGUAGAGGAGAAGCGUUUGUGCUAAGGAAUCUCUCACUCGAGAAGAUUGUCUCCCGUUCAAUUAUUAGCUUCCGUGUUAAUUCAACCUUCUUCACCUUGGUAUCAUGGCCAGAGGUAACACAUUUCUCACGGGUGACAUGCGAUCCUAAGAAAGUGAGUAUAUAAAUGGAAUGUAUUACUUUGUGCAAUGGUAACUAGCAGUAUACAGCGCUGCUCUUCAAGCUUGCUGCUGGUAGCUCACGACACUGGUCAAGUGCCAGUGGUCCUUUCAACUGAUGAUCUUUGACAGAUAAGGGUUGAGGAAGAGUUUAAAUGUAUAUGACUCAUUCAAUCAUAUUGUUUAGCUAUCUUUUUUAUAAACAGCUUUUUGUCCGUGUCAUAAACAUAGAACAUUGAAUCAUGACAGAACUUGAUAAUUGCUGCUACACUGGCAGAUGGUUUAUAACAAAUUGGAGGAAUGGGCAGUGAGUGACAGAGGCAUGUUCAUGGAAGAUUGCGGUGAAAAUGCUCAACAAUGUACUAGACCUGAAGGUUCAGAAUGUCUGGAUAGGAUUCCAACAAUGUAGCUAACUCCAUUCUUUCAAAGCUGUCAUUAUGGGCUGUGUCGCUCUUACUAUUGUGUUCCGCCCUGCUCAUAUCCCUUGAUUGGAAUGCAGAAGAGCAAGAGAAGAGUUACCAUAAUCUUUAGUUUUUUUGUUUUAAAGCAGUAGAACUAGAAGUUUGUGGCCCAAUCUCAAAUCUACAGGAGUCCCCAAUUACAUUCAGCUGUGGGCUAAUUUUAAUUUUUUUCUUGCGCGGAUGGUCGGGGUCCCGGAAUAUAGUUAUUAAUAAUUUGUACACAGCAAAUUGACCGCAAGAAUCCCAAACAGAUAGUAUGACAAAAACAUUGGGAUAUGAUCACAUAUGCCUCUAUUUGUGUGUGGGAAUACUUGGGAACAUAUUUCCUAAAUUAAAAUCAGAAAGUAGGUCUUAAAACGGAACCAGUCCUUACUCCAUGUGGUCUUUGUAGCUCUGUUGUGUAUUUACAUUUACAUUUUACAUUUUAGUCAUUUAGCAGACGCUCUUAUCCAGAGCGACUUACAUAUAUGUAUAAUAUUGUUCAGGUGUGUGUGUGUGUAGGUUGUUUUAUGGAUCAAAAAGGGGUUUAGGUGGUGAAUGUGGCAGGGGGCGCGGUCGGACGUCAGCGGGUUUCCACUAGAUAGACAACUUUGACUUUGUGGCUGUGUUAUCUUAAAACAUGAAAAAAAAACCAUUUUGCUUUUUGGUCUUAAUUAUAGGGUUAGGCAUAAGGUUACCAGUGUAGUUUAAGGUUAGGUUUCACAUCUGAUUUUAAGAAGAUCAAUUGUAGAAAUAGGUGGAGUUUAUUACUUUGUGGGUGUGUUAACCUCAUGUGAUUUUCUGGAUUUUUGUUUUAGAUUCCGUCUCUUACAGUUGAAGUGUACCUAUGACAAAAAUUACAGACCUCUACAUGCUUUGUAAGUAGGAAAACCUGCAAAAUCGGCAGUGUAUCAAAUACUUGUUCUCCCCACUGUACCUUUUAUUUUGGUGACUGUUACUUUUCAAAGAUUAUAUAAAAAUAUGCAAUACAUGUUAGAAUCAACUUUUGGUAUCGAUUGCAGCUGAGUCUUUUUGGGUAAUUCUCUUUAGUUUUGCACACCUGGAUUGUACAAUAUUUGCACAUUAUUCUUUUUUUAUUUAUUCUUCAAGCGCUGUCACAAUGGUUGUUGAUCAUUGCUAGACAGCCAUUUUCAUGUCUUGCCAUCAUUGUUUAAGUAGAUUUAAGUAAAAACUGUAACUAGGCCACUGGGCAACAUUCAAUGUCGUCUUGGUAGGCAAAUCCAGUGUAUAUUUGGCCUUGUUUAAUUUAGGUUUUGUCCUACUGAAAGGUGAAUUUGGCUCCCAGUGUCUGAUGGAAAGCAGACUGAAAAAGAAAAGGAGAGCCGCACACUCUAGGAGCUCAGAUGAUUUUUUUUUAUAACCUAAUAACCAACGUUUCGACAGACAAGCUGUUUUCAUCAGGGUAUAAUGAAAGCAGACUGAACCAGGUUUUCCUCUAGGAUUUUGCAUGCGCCUAGCUCUAGUCCAUUUAUUUUUAUUUAAAAAAAAAUCCCUAUUACUUGCUGAUAAAGCAUACCCAUAACAUGAUGCAGCCACCACCAUGCUUGAAAAUAUGAAGUGGUAGGUACUCAGUUGUGUUGUUGGAUUUGCCCCAAACAUAACACUUUGUAUUCAGGACACAAGUUAAUUUAUUUGCCUUUUUUUUUGCAGUUUUACUUUAGCCUUAUUGCGAACAGGAUGCAUGUUUUAGAAUAUUUGUAUUCUUUACAGGCUUCCUUCUUUUCACUGUAAUUUAGGUUAGUGUUGUGGAGUAUGUUGAUCCAUCCUCAGUUUUCUCUUAUCACAGCCAUUAAACUCUGUAACUGUUUUAAAGUCAUCAUUGGCGUAAUGGUGAAAUCCCUGAGUAUUUUCCUUCCUGUAUCUUUGUAGUGACUGGAUGUACUGAUAAACCAUCCAAAGUGUAAUUAAUAUCUUCACCAUGCUCAAAGGGAUAUUCAGUGUCUGCUUUUUUAAAUUUUACCCAACUACCAAUAGCUGCCCUUUGCCAGGCAUUGGAAAACCUCCCUUGUCUUUGUGGUUGAAUCUUUUGUUCUCUAUUGUUCCUCAAUCAAGUGGGGAGGCCGACAUCAUGGAUUCCCAUCAGACCUAGUCCUUGAAUGCCCUACUCCUUGAAGUUUGCAGGUGUCUAAAAAAAACACUGUUGCUCAAUGUAUUUUUUAAAAAUUUUUUAGCCUUUAGUGUGUUAGGUUCUGACAGAGUGAAAAACCUAAAGGACAACUAGUCAAAGCUCAAACCAAGUUUAUUCACCCACUGGGUCAAACAGCUGCAUAGGACAAAGACGUGUUUACACCAGCACAUAUAUUUAUACCCUCACAUCUGGACAGCCAAUAAAUCUCUUACUAGGCAGGACUUUAGUGGUGACUGUUCUUUCUCACUUCGUCUGACCUCGACCCGAUUUCCUCACUCCUUCCUAACUCACGGCUGUCCUACCUUAUCAGUGACUGAAACCAGACCGUUGCCCUUCUUUUCUCCAUAGUAUACAUGAGAUUUAACCAUAACAACAUGUUCUAACAGAAUGUAAACUUUCUGCACUCCCCUUUCUCACUCAGUAGAUUUCCAUCCACUCAGUUCUAAUAGUGUAAUAUAUUUCAAGUUAGAAGUUCGAAUCCAACAAGUGUUUUUUACUGUAUUUAUACAUGGGAUAUCACUUUUCAACAGUAAAAGUUCCACAAUCGCUGGAGGAUGUCUUUUUAAGUUUACUCAGAUGUUUAUUUUUUACACUGUUUGGACUCAAGCAUCCCGAAAAACCCUUUGGCGGCCCGCCCAAGGAUUUCAAUGGUAGUAUAAUUCCUGGUGUACAUUCAUCCCUGUGUGUUUCAGGAGCAGAAUGAGGCCGUGCCCCACCUUCCCACUGAUGCGCUGGCUGUGGUUGUGUGUGUGCACCAGACAGUGGCACUGCAGCAACAGCAAUGGCAACAACUGCAGACUACCGCUGUGUGUGAGGCAGAUAUGGGCCUACCUCAGACUGAUGGUCGACUCCCUCUAUUACAACUCCCUCACCAACUCUGACGUCGUCAUGGACUCACUGCUGGAACCCAUCAUCUGGAUGGUGGACCUACUCACCCGCAGGUUGGGGGCGGUAAGUGUGUGUGUGUGUCAGUGAGAGUUGCACAGAUGUUCAUGAAACCGUUUCUCACUCAUUUACCCUCUCUCUCCAGGUGUUUGUAUGUCUGGUAGUGAUACUGACCAGUACUAUCCUGGUGGUAGUCUAUGUGGUUCUGCUGCCCAUGAUCUUCGACACGUACUCUCCAUCCUGGAUAGCCUGGCACAUCACGUACGGACACUGGAACCUUGUCAUGAUCGUCUUCCACUAUUAUAAAGCUACCAAUACUACCCCAGGAUACCCCCCUACGGUACACACACACACACACACUUGCCUUGCGGUAGUCCAUCGUAUCCGAUGAUGACUUCCACUUCUGAGUUAACAGUGAAUUAUUAUAUUUGGUGGCUGUAGAGUCCAAUCCGAGAUCCACAAACUUUAUUGCAGGUGGGGCAUGUGCAGUCUGUGUUGGCGGGGGCAGGCAUGGUUAUGUCUCCUGAGCUGUUUUUGCGGUCUCUUUGUGCUCCUCUCCUCCUACCUCUGUACACCGCUCUGGCAGAGCUGCCGCCAGGUAAAACGGUCGGCAGCAGCGUCCUCCAGGUCUGUGGGUUUGAUGUUGCACUUCUUCAGUGACGUUUUCAGCUGGUCCUUGUAGCGCUUCAUCUGCCCCCCUGCAGACCGCCGGCCAAGGUGUAGCUGGCCAUACAAGAUCUUCUGUGGCAAGCGCUCCUGAGACAUUCUAAUGACAUGCUCGAGCCAGCGCAGUUGGUGUUGGGUGACCAUGGCGUCCAUACUCUUGCAGUUGGUCUUAGAAAGUAUUUCCGUAUGGGGCACACGGUCGCGCCAAGUGAUUCCCAGGAUGCGCUGCAGGCAUCCUAUGUGGAAACGCUUGAGCUGCUUGUAGUGGCGACUGUAGGUGACCCAGGCUUCACAGCUGUAAAGAACUGUAGUAAUGCAGACGGCUUGAUAGACAGCGACUUUGGUGUGCAUGUGGAGAUCGCUGUUUUGGAAGACCCUGCGUCUGAGUUUCCCGAAGGCAGUUAAGGAUUGCUUGAUCCUGUUUUGAAUGUUGGGGUUGACGCUGCAGUCCUCCGAGGAUGCUGCCCAGGUAUAGUGGGGUGAACAGGCAGUGGCUCAGGUGGUUCAUGUCCUUGAUGAUCUUUUUGGCCUUCCUGUGACAUCGGGUGCUGUAGGUGUCCUGGAGAGCGGAUAGUUUGCCCCCGGUAAUGCGUUACCGGGGGCAAACCUUGCGGUUGCGGGCGGUGCAGUUGCCGUACCAGGCGGUGAUGCACUCAAUUGUGCAUUUGUAAAAGUUUGAGGGUUAUAGCUGCCAAGCCAAAUUUCUUUAGCCUCCUGAGGUUGAAGAGGCUCUGUUGCGCCGCCUUCACCACACUGUCUGUGUGGGUGGUCCAUUUCAGUUUGUCAGUGUAGUGUACGCCAAGGAACUUGAAGCUUUCCACCUUCUCCACUGCGGUCCCGUCGAUGUGGAUAGGGGGGUGCAUCCUCUGCUGUUUUCUGAAGUCCACAAUCAUCUCCUUUGUUAUGUUGAGUGAGGUUAUUUUCCUGGCACCACACUCCCAGAGCCCUCACCACCUCCCUGUAGGCUACCUCGUCAUUGUUGGUAAUCAAGCCUACUACUGUUGUGUCGUCUGCAAACUUGAUGAUUGAGUUGGAGGCAUGCUUGGCCACGCAGUCAUGGGUGAACAGGGAGUACAGGACUGGGCUAAGCAUUCACCCUUGUGGGGCCCCAGUGUUUAGGAUCAGUGAAGUGGAGGUGUUGUUUCCUACCUUCACCACCUGGGGGGGCCUGUCAGAAAGUCCAGGACCCAGUUGCACAGGGCGGGGUUCAGACCCAGGGCCUCGAGCUUAAUGAUGAGCUUGGAGGGUAUUAUGGUGUUGAUUGCUGAGCUAUAGUCAAUGAACAGCAUUCUUACAUAGGUAUGUAAGAUGGGAUAGGGCAGUGUGCAGAGUGAUGGCGAUUGCAUCGUCUGUGGAUCUAUUGGGUCGGUAAGCAAAUUGAAGUGGGUCUAGGGUGGCAGGUAAGGUAGAGGUGAUAUGAUACUUGACUAGUCUCUCAAAGCACUUCAUGAUGACAGAGGUGAGUGCUACGGGGCGAUAGUCAUUUAGUUCAGUUACCUUUGCUUUCUUGGGUACAGGAACAAUGGUGGCCAUCUUGAAGCAUGUGGGGACAGCAGACUGGGAUAGAGAGAGAUUGAAUAUGCUCGUAAACACACCAGCCAGCUGGUCUGCGCAUGCUCUGAGGACGUGGCUAGGGAUGCCGUCUGGGCCGGCAGCCUUGCGAGGGUUAACACGUUUAAAUGUUUUACUCACGUUGGCCACGGAGAAGGAGAGCCCACAGUCCUUGUUGUCGGGCCACGUCGGUGGCACUGUGUUAUCCUCAAAGCAGGCGAAGAAGGUGUUUAGCUUGUCCGGAAGCAAGACGUCGGUCUCGGCGACGUGGCUGGUUUUUCUUUUGUAUUCUGUGAUUGUCUGUAGACCCUGCCACAUACGUCUCGUGUCUGAGCUGUUGAAUUGCGACUUCACUUUGUCUCUAUACUGACGUUUUGCUUGUUUGAUUGCCUUGCGGAGUGAAUAACUACACUGUUUGUAUUCUGCCAUAUUCCUAGUCAACUUGCCAUGGUUAAAUGCGGUGGUUCGCGCGAACGCUGCUAUCUAUCCAUGGUUUAAUAGUCACAAUGGGUAUGACAUCUCCUAUACUCUUCCUGAUAAACUCAGUUACCAUAUCAAUGUAUUCGUCCAAAUUAUUUAUGCAAGCUACCCGGAACAUGUCCCAGUCCGCGUUGGCAUUGGUCAGACCAGCGUUGGAUAGUCUUUAGCAUGGGUACUUCCUGUUUUGAGUUUCUGCCUAUAGGAAGGGAGAAGCAAAAUGGAGUCGUGGUCAGAUUUGCCGGAAGGAGGGCGGGGGAGGGCCUUGUAAGCAUCCCGGAAUUUUGAAUAACAGUGGUCCAGUGUUUUAGCAGUGUGUUUACUACAGUCGAUAUGCCUAGUCCUCAAAUUUUCUUUGUUAAAAUCCCCAGCUACAAUAAAUGCAGCCUCAGGAUAUGUGGUUUCCAGUUUGCAUAAGGUCCAGUGAAGUUCUUUUGAGAGCCGUCGUGGUAUCGGCUUGAGGGGGGAUAUAAACGGCCGUGGCUAUAACGGAGGAAAAUUAUCUUUGGAGAUAAUACGGUCAGCAUUUGAUUGAGGUAUUCUAGGUUGGGUGAACAAAAGGACUUGAGUUCCUGUAUGUUACUACAAUUACACAAUGAGUCGUUAAUCAUGAGAAACACACCUCCGCCCUUCUGCUUCCUGGAGAGAUAUUUAUUCCUGUCUGCGCGAUGAACUGAGAACCCCUCUGGCUGGACCAAUUUCGACAGAGUAUCCCAAAAGAGCCAUGUUUCCGUGAAACAAAGUAUGUAACAGGCCCUGAUGUCUCUCUGGAAAGAAGUCCUUGCCCUGAGCUCGUCAACUUUGUUAUCCAAAGACUGAACAUUAGCGAGUAAUAUACUCGGAAGCGGUGGGUGGUGUGCGCGCCUCCUAAGUCGAACCAGUGCCUCUCCUCCGCCGGCGACGUUUUGGGUCGGCCUCUGGAAUCAGUCUAAUUGCUCUGGGGAGAGCGAACAAAGGAUCUGCUUCGGGAAGUCGUAAUGCUGGUAGUUCUGGUGAGUUACCGCCGCUCUGAUAUCCAAUAGUUCUUCCCGGCUGUAUGUAAUGACAUGCAACAUUUCCUGAGCUGCUAAUGUAAAAAAAAAAAAUACACCAAAAAACAAAAUACUGCAAAGUUUCCUAAGAGCGAGUCGUGAGGCUGCCAUCUCCGUCGGCGCCAUCUUCAUCCAGGAACCUGGUAUCACUAUCAAUGUUGUAGCACCUUAGUUCUGCAGCAAUCAGAGCGGUCUGUCAUUAUUGUCGUCAUAGUCCAAAAGAGUUCUGAUGUUCCAUGUCGCCAGUUUCAGGGGAAUUAUAUAUUUUUUAGCAUAUUUGACCGCUGAGUGGAACUGCCGAUAGGUGCGAUAGCCUAUCCAGGAAGGAGUGAGUGGGCACUUUUUAGGCCACCUUUUCAAGGCCUCUCCCCAGCUGGGGUGAGCAGUGUGGCUCCUAAAUAUGUCUGCUCAGUCACACGGGUCUGCCGAGAGCAGCUGCCACUCAAGUCCCAAUUGCUGGCGAUCAUAAUAGCCCUCUGCCGCUGGCGUGCAGAGGUCUGAUUUAAGGUCUCCCAGUGCAUUCACUCCUGCCCCCGUCACCAGACACCCCAACACAGCCAGGCUUUAGUCCAGUUCCCAGUUGAUUGCUUCAUCAAGGUCAGAAGUGGAUACCUGCGCAAAGGAGGUUAUUUAAAGUGCCGCUGAGGGUGCGCAAUUCCCUACCGCACUACUUCACUGUAGGAAGGUGUAUUCAUUUAACAUUUACAUUUUAGUCAAUUUAGCAGACGCUCUUAUCCAGAGCGACUUACAGUUAGUGAGUGCAUACAUUUUUCAUACUGGCCCCCCGUGGGAAUCGAACCCACAAUCCUGGCGUUGCAAGCGCCAUGCUCUACCAACUGAGCUUCAGGAGUCUUAUUCCAGUGGCAAGGGGGGGAAACUCAGGACGACCAGCGUCUUCCACUGCAGGAGGCUGCCAGGUCCACAGUCUGUCGGUGUCUGCCUACCGCGUGCCGGCAGCACGCUACUUUUCUCUCAGGGUGUGCUCCCCUAGCCUUUGUCGUACCAGACUAACCAACAAGGCAGUGGGGCAGUGGUUGAUGGCUGCCAGGGUGUGUCCACACAGAGGUGGGCCUGUACAGACUCCUCUCUGGGGCCCACUGCUGCUCAGAGAUUCAUGCUGGUUAGCCUGGAGUUUCAAGACAACCAGUUAAAGUGUGCUGCCACUAAGUGGCCCGACUGGAGUUUUGGUCAUGGAGAGGCUUUGUACCGUCAAGGUGAGACUUGUGCAUGAAGCUGCUCCCCAAUUCACCACAAGGGCUAGCUGGUGGCAGCGAGCUGUAAGCGAGAGUAUGUAAGCACGUGGUAAGCGAGCAUGCAACUUAACUCUACCUAGGCACUACUGCACUUGACGCGUCACAUGCACCCUGCGGUUGCCCGCCCACACACACACACACACACACACACACACACACACACACACACACACACACACACAGGUGUAAUAGAGAUCUGUGUGUUGUUUAUUCCAGAUGAAAAAUGACUAUCCAUUUGUGUCCGUGUGUAAGAAGUGUGUCAACCCCAAACCAGCCAGGACUCACCACUGUGCCAUCUGCAACACGUAAGACAAACUCUGCUUUCCCCUAACCACAUAUCUAGGAUCAGAGGACCCUAUCCUAACCAUAACCAUUAGGGGAAUUAGUAUUCCCGUCAGAUAUUUAUCUACUCAAUGAGAACUCGUAACCCUGGUACAGUAUAGUAGCGUUGUAGAUGUCUAACAUUAACAUGACGUCUUCUACUUCACAGGUGCAUUUUGAAAAUGGACCAUCAUUGUCGUAUCCUUUUAAAUGGAGUUUGAAGUUGGAGAGUAGAGAUUGAUUGGUAGUGUACUGGUAAUGUCACGUUAUCAGGGAUGGUUGACCCCAUUUAGAUUGUGUCUACCAUAGUUGCAUCUUUUACAAGCAAGUCUGUUAAGCACAAAAAUGAAGAUUAUUACACAGUAUUUUGAGGAUGGGUGUUAGUGUUUUUGGUUUCUUCCUUAACUCUGGUUCCCCCCAGCAUGGCUGAAUAACUGUGUCGGCCAUUUUAACCAGCGCUACUUCUUCUCCUUCUGUGUCGCCAUGACCCUGGGCUGUAUCUACUGCAGCAUCAGUGGCCGGAACCUUUUCCUAGAUGCUUGUAGUGCUGUACAGGUACACACAAACUCUUUGAGGGAGACUUGGGUCUGCUGGUCUGCUAUCUCCUCCAUUGUAGGGCUUCGAUCAGUGAGAGGCUCAUGGUCUACUUUAACUGUCACUGUGUUCAAUUUUAACUUUUGAAGUGUUUUCUUCUGUUUGUCUAACUUUGGUGUUUGUCUCUAACUCUUGGUGGUCUGAGGGUGUGUGUUUUUGCGUUGUCCGAUAGCGCUUCAAACACAUGUACUUUGAUAACUCUGGUGUCCCGGUGACAGGGAUGGGGCAACUCAUAGGCAUCUUACCGCCUGUGCAGGUAGUACACACACACACACACACACACACACUACCCCUCCCACUUCAUUCUGCCUCUCCUGGUUACUUUUUUGUUCUUACUGGUGGUGGUUCAAUAGAUGACUUAGAUUUUAAAGGGUGAUAUUGUUCAUACGGUCUUUGAUUUUGUAUUAUGCUUACUGCAUACUCAUAAAACAGGUGACUUAAGCACAACCCUGGGUCCUGACUAGGAUAUGUUUUCCUAUUUAGUUGUUUGUAUGACCUCUGUCUGUCAAUCAGAGCCCCUACCAGACUCCUCCCUUCACGUUCAGAGACGAGAUGUUCCACAAGAGUAUCAUCUACAUGUGGGUGUUAACCAGGUGAGAUGUACUCGACGAGAUUACUGUAUUUUAGUUAGUUUUGACACAGUGAUCUUAGAAAAUACAUAUUUUAAUAGCUCCAAGUUAAAAGCACAUUAUUUUCCCCAUGAUGGUAGAAACUCAGCCCCACAGUACUGUGUGUUGUCACUGGCUGUUUGGCAAUAAAAAUGUGUUUAAAAAAACCUGCGAUUGGUCAUUUUAGCAUGGUGGCUGUAUCUCUUGGGGGGCUGACUAUCUGGCACGCAGUGCUGAUAUCCCGAGGAGAGACCAGCAUAGAGAGACACCUCAACAACAAGGAGACCAAACGGAUGCGCAAACAUGGCAAGGUGCACGCACGCACGCACACACACCUAGUCUUACAGUUGGUGGACACAAGCUAUUCAAACUGUUCUCCUAUUUCUCCCAGGUGUACAAGAACCCCUUUAACUAUGGCAGACUGAACAACUGGAAAGUCUUCUUAGGUGUGGCGAAGAAAAGGUUAGUUAGAUGCGUCUCCUGUCCAGGCAGUGUGACAAUCUAUUGGUCUGCACAGAUAUUUAACACGCACAUUAUGUGACUAGGUCAGAAAUAAAACACUAUUACUAAGUAUUGUAUUUAGUUGUGGUAACCUCUGCCUCUCUUCUCUCUCCAGUCAUUGGCUGACGCGAGUCCUCCUGCCCUCUGGACAUGUCCCCUUUGGGAACAGCCUGACCUGGGACAUCUAUCCAAUCAGAAAAGACAUGAUGCCCGUCUGAGCCAAAUAGAAAAGAACUGAAUUGAGACUUCUACAAAAUGAGGCAAUGUUUGUCUGACCACUGACCCCACAGACUCUGUCCACAGAUAACUACAUCUCCCAGCGGCCCCUGCUCCCUACAUGUGCUGAAGUCACAUGACCAGGUUGUGUAGACGAGCAGGAGAGUGAAUAUUGGGAGGACUACAGGGAAGAGAUGGGGAAUGUUUGCUGCUCCCAAGUGAAACAACCCUACAAAAUGUUUCAACCCUGGUCCUGGCACAGCGGUCUGGGCUUGCGUAAUAAAGGCCUACCACACUCCAGCACUUGUAAUGAUGUGGGGAUUAACUGUUUCAUAAUGUUUUCAGACUGGACUACAGAGUCAUCAUAUUACUCAUAAAACCUAGAGGUCAAACAGGGAAAUG